GCACGUGGCCAUGGAGGCUAUGAUUCUGAUUUUAGUGAUGAGGAAAAUGGAGAUAAGUCUGUGCAAAAGACUAAAAGUAUAAACGAAGAUGGCCUUCUGAUGAAGCCAUUCCAAAAAGCAAAACAAGGCAGUGUGGUUCACAGACAAUUUGCAGCUGAAGAAUGGGAUAGGGAAGAAGCAAGAAAAAGAAGAUUUCAUUUGAUAGCGAUGGAUGCUUAUGAAAGACAUAAAAAGUUUGUGAGUGACUACAUUUUAUACUAUGGUGGCAAAAUAGAAGAUUUCCGACGUUCUGGAGCAAAUGACAAGACGGAUCUUGAUGUUAUAAGAGAAAACCAUAGAUUCCUGUGGAACGAAGAUGAUGAAACAGACAUGAAUUGGGAGAAAAGACUUGCGAAGAAGUAUUAUGAUAAAUUGUUCAAAGAAUACUGUAUAGCAGAUCUCAGUAGAUACAAAGAGAAUAAGUUUGGAUUUAGAUGGCGACAUGAGAAAGAAGUCAUUUCAGGAAAAGGUCAGUUUUCCUGUGGAAAUAAGCACUGUGAUGAGAAAGAAGGCCUGAAGAGCUGGGAGGUGAAUUUUGGUUACGUUGAACAUGGUGAAAAGAGGAAUGCACUUGUGAAAUUGAGACUAUGUCCAGAAUGUUCCCACAAACUAAACUUUCAUCACCGGAGGAAAGAAGUCAAAGCACACAAGAAAAGACGCACAGAUGUACCAAACUCUAAAGAGCCAAAAAUUAAGAAGACAAAACUAUCUUGUUCAGCAAAAAAGAAGUCUAAAAAGAAGACCCAUAAAGAUCAGAUGUCUUCAGAAGAUUCAGAGAAUUCUGAUAAAGAUUCAGAUAACAGUGAUGCACAAGAUGGUCCUUCAGAUGCUGACUUUUGGAAAGGUCCUCUACAAGAAGCAGAUGAAAAAUCACGGGAGGAGGAGUUUGAUGAGUAUUUUCAAGACUUGUUUCUCUGA